AUGAAUUCUCAUCCCAGCUCGAAUCGAAAAUCUGUGCAAAGGAGUACACAUCCUACUCUUCCAGAUAUCAAUGAAGCGAACAGGAACUCUGAUAUAGAGUUUCUAACUCCACCUUCGCAAUAUAAACAAGGUCAAUUUUAUUUACCUUCUCCAAUUACUCCCACCCUCCCUGAUCUACAUUUAGGGCGUACGAAAGAUGAGACAUACAAUGCCUUGCCCAAUCUUCUAAGCCCAACACUUCCUUCACCUUUUGUGUUUGACCUAGAUUAUGAAUCCAAACAGAAUUCAGACGCUAUUGUUUCUGAUUUCGGCAGCUUUACAACGAAAAACAUUCCUACACAUUCCCAGGCAGAACAAAAAUUACAUGAAAAAGGGUCUUCCAAGGAGUCCACAUAUAAAAAUGAUACAGAGCUCGAAGUAACUGUUCCCGAGGAAGAGACUUCUCACACAUCGGAAGUACCAGCUGGAAAAACUGAUUAUCCGAUUGAAAAAGAAAAACUAGUAAGUCGUGGCUCUACUGAAUCUUCUAUUGGUGAUAAUCUGAAAAAUAAUUCUGCUACAGACCACCCGGUCUCGAAACGAAAAGCCAAAGUAACUUUGGAGGAUUAUAGACGGAUCAAAAUACAAAACAAGGAAAGUGGUAGCCUCGGAAGUUCAGCAAUUUCAGCUAGCUCUGCCAGUCCCUCAAUGCCUCUUGUACAAAAUCAACCGGAUUUCGAACUCUUAAAACAAAAUUUUAUUAGACUCCUUGCUGAUGGUAAAUUUCAGAAGAAGCUGGCAGAUAAAAAAGAAAAGUACUCAUUUCUCUUCGCUAUUGAUGCUGUUUUAUGUUAUGUGAUCGCUUUCCAUUUUCAGAAUGUAUCUAACGUUACAAAAAAUCAACCUGCUACAACCAGCAAUUGGAGAACAUUACCUGCCUAUAUUGAAUUCUUUCUACGUUCUGAAAAUGUGUCUCUGGAACCCAUUUUUCAAGGUCUUUUCCUUGGUUAUCUUGGAAUUGCUUUCCGAGAAAUAUUUAACAUUGAACUUCUUCGUAUGCACCACUUGCAACAUUUCCUUAUGAAAGACAUUCGACACAACAAUUCAGAAAUAAUUUCGAAAAAUUCUACUGGAAAUGUUAGAAACCUUUGCGAGAAUGCUGUUCGCUUACAUGAUUCCUAUAAGCGGUAUCUAGCUGCGAUGAAGCAAUGCUCUCACUUGUUUAGCGACGAUUCACUGAAAGGGCUUCCCAUUACCUAUAAAAAAUUUCAUGAAUCUAAUCUCACAAAUCUCUCUCCUCCAUUUUGUGUACAGACCAGUAUUGCCGAUUCGGUUGAGUUUGGAAUACAUUUAAUUUUUAGAGCAAGAGAUUUGCUAGGUAUAAACUCUGUAUGUUUUGGUAUCUUCGGUAGAAGUGUUCAAAUGACUCAACAUAGAAAAUUAGAAACUAAUAAACAAUCGUGA